AUACGCACGGGGAUGGCGCCAUGCGCGGAGGCGUUGACGGGGAAGCCGGAGGGCGAUGGCGUGCUGGCGCAAGGAGGAGAGAGAGUCUUCGCCAGUGAGCACGAUCUCCCAGAAGACGCUGUCGCCAUCGAUGGCGUCGUCUACUCCCUGCGGGGGUGGAACCAUCCUGGCGGGGAUCAGAUCCUGCUCUUUGGGGGCAACGACGUGUCAGUGCAGUAUCGGAUGAUCCACCCCUUCCACGCCCCCGGAGUUGUCGGCAAGAUGCCCAAGAUCGGAGUCCUUGAGAGCUACAGGAAGGACUACUCGUUCGGCUCCAAGUUUGAGAAGGACCUCAUUGAGGCUGUGGGCAAGGUCGUGAAGCCAAACCAGAGGUUCGCUACCCCUGGGUUCUGCAUGCGCCUCGUUUUCUACAUCUCGCUCUACAGCGUCCUCAUGUACAGCUACGUGGUCUAUGGCUCCUCAUGGCUGCUCUGCGCGGCGCUCGGCGUCUCACAGGCGCUGAUUGGUCUGAACGUGCAACACGACGCUAACCACGGGGCGAUCUCGAGAUUUCCUGUAGUGAACGAGAUCCUUGGGUUUGGGGCUGAUCUGAUCGGAGGCUCCAAGUAUCUCUGGCUGCAGCAGCACUGGACCCAUCACGCAUACACCAAUGACAUCGAGCGGGACCCUGAUGCCAAGAGCUGUGAUCCGUUCUUUCUCUUCCACAACUACCCGCACGACAGCCCCAUGAGGAAAGCAUUCCAUGCCUUCCAGCACUUCUGGAUGCUUCCGAUCCUGUCGUUCUACUGGCUUUCCUCCAUCGUCAGCUCAGAGGCGAUCUCCGUGACGCACAUCUCAUCGAAGCAGGGAGGGAUGAGGUUCGAGAACUCCUACCUCAAGAACCACCGCAUCCAGACCUGGCUGCUCCGUGCCUUCUACCUCGCCUGCACCUCCCUGAGCCCCUUCUAUCAUCACCAGUGGCACACUGCUCUCCUCCACGUCUGGUUCAUGUCGGUCGUGGAGUCUCUGUCUCUUGCGAUCCCCUUCGCCCUCUCGCACAAUUUUGAAGACGCGGAGAGACAUCCUCUGGACGCGGGCAACGGGGAGCCGGUCGACUGGUACAAGUCGCAGGUCGAAACCUCGAGCACGUACGGCGGCAAGGUCGCCGGCUGGAUCACUGGCGGAUUGAAUUUUCAGGUUGAGCAUCAUCUCUUUCCUCGCAUGUCGUCUGCAUGGUAUCCCUAUAUCCAGCCUGUGGUUAGCGAGGUGUGCAAGAAGCACGGGGUCCGUUACGCGUACUAUCCUUCCUUCUUCCACAACCUCUUCUCUACCGUCAAGUACAUCAGGGAUGUGGGGACAGGCGCGAUCGCCAUGAAGAAGAAGAACUGAAGCGUCGCAGCUUUUUGCUUCUCCCGUGAGGUUGAGGGAAGGGAGAAGUUGAUGGUUGAGAUGAAGCAUGACCCCAAG